CAGUGGAUGCCGCGGAACAGUGCGAAAUUAUAUGUAAUGCUGAUUCGGCUUACCGUUGAGCUAGGUUCAAGUUGGAUGCAUGCUGCCUGUAGCUCGAGCCCGGUAUUACUCCUGGAGCUUCCUGCUUUUGCAUCAACCCGAGAAUCGAACAGCUAGGGAGCACCUCUGCACAACCAAGCAUGUAGAGAUGACAAACGAUGGACGUCCCUCAUCCCACAGCAGGCUGGGAGCAGCUUGGCGAGCGUUUUUACCGCAAGAUUCAACUAUAUACCCAGGUUUUUGAUCAGGACUUGGACCUCGAUAACUAUCACGUCGCCGGCGCCCCGUACUCAGGCGCGAUUGCUCUUUACCGCGAUGAGGAUAAGAUAGUAGCAUUCCAGCCGGCUAGAAACCCUAAGCCGAGCAUCGACAUUUACAGCUGCGCAGGCAAGCUCAUCCGCCGCAUCAACUGGGACCAGGGCUCCAUCAAGGCGCUCGGCUGGUCAGAGGAUGAAAAGCUCCUCGUCGUCACGGCGGACGGCACAGUGAGAUGCUACUACGACCUGCAAGGGGAGUUUACGCAGUUCUCUCUGGGGAACGGCUCCGACGAAGCCGGCGUCGUGUCGUGCAAAUUCUACGCCCAUGGCCUUGUUGCUCUUCUAGCUAAUAAUGCAUUGGUUUCUGUCUCAUCCUAUGAUGAGCCUCGUCCCAAGCUCUUGGCUUCGCCUCCGGAGGGCCAAGUUCACUCAUGGAACAUCAUCCCGCCGGCCUAUACGCUCUCGCGGUCAGUCGAGGUUUUGCUGAGCAUCAACCAAACAAUCUACAUGUGCGAUGCCACCGAGUGCGAAGACCGCUUUCUGGAUAUUGGGCCGUUCUCACACAUUGCCGUCUCACCAAACGGGAGAUUCGCCGCGCUCUACACGGUUACUGGCCAGGUCCAUGUCAUCACCAGCGAUUUCCAAACUCGUCUGAGCGAGCACGACUCCAAGUCCAAGAUUCCGCCCAAAUAUUUUGAAUGGUGCGGCAACGAUGCCGUCGUCAUUGCCUGGGAGGACGAAGUUCAUCUCAUCGGCCCAAGUAAUUCGGUAGCUAGGUUCUUCUACGACAACGGCCGGGUCCAUCUCCUUCCCGAUUACGACGGGGUCAGGAUCAUCGCCAAUGAUACCUGUGAUUUUCUGCAGAAGGUUCCGGAUGUUACCGAAGAAGUAUUCCGCCUCGGUGCGGAUUCCGCGGCUUCCAUCCUCCUAGACGCGGUGGAGCAGCUUGAGAUGCAGUCACCAAAGGCCGACGACAAUAUUCAGCUCAUACGGCCCAAUCUGGUUGAAGCAGUAGACACCUGUGUGAACGCUGCAGGCCAGGAAUUCAGCGUACACUGGCAGAAACAGCUCCUGAAAGCUGCCUCAUUUGGCAAAUCCGUUCUCGACAUCUAUAACAGCGAUGACUUUGUGGAUAUGUGCGAGACUUUGCGUGUUCUCAAUGCCGUGCGCUUCUUCGAGAUCGGGUUGCCCCUAUCCUACGAACAAUAUCAACGUCUUUCGCCGUCGGGACUGAUCACUCGUCUCUUGAAUCGCCACGAAUACCUUUUGGCCCUCCGCAUUUCUGGUUACUUGCGCCUGCCGACGGAUAAAAUCUACGUGCAUUGGGCGUCCGCCAAGGUCAGGCUAGGAUCCGAGGAUGACGAUACCAUCUGCCGAAAGAUAGUCGAGAAACUGUCGGGGAAACCUGGCAUUUCAUUCGAAGCAAUCGCGCGCGCCGCUUAUGAUGAAGGGCGAGGCCGUCUGGCCACUGAGCUUCUGAACCAUGAACCACGUGCUGGGCGGCAGGUCCCGCUGCUUCUUAGCAUGGAAGAGGAUGAGCUUGCGCUGGACAAGGCGAUUGAGAGCGGCGAUACUGAUUUAGUUUAUUUUGUCCUCCAUCAGCUUAAGCGCAAAUUGCCCCUCGCAGCCUUUUUCCGCGUCAUCAACACCAGGCCCACCGCAACCGCGCUGGUGGAGGCCUCGGCGCGCAAAGGUGACGGUGACGGAGUCGAAGAUACUACACUGCUGAAGGACUUGUACUACCAGGAUGACCGCCGGCUGGACGGGGCCGCUGUUUUUGUCAGGGAGGCCCUCCGUCAACCCGAGAGCCGAACAGCGGGCGACAAGCUCUCACUUGCGGCGAAACUGCUCUCGGACAAUACCAAAGAGCAUGCGUUCGAGCUGAGCGCACUGAAAGAAGCGACUACACUGCUGCGCAUGCAGGAGGCGUUUGACCGCGAUUUGACGGAUACUUUUACAGGCCUCUCAGUGAACCAAACCAUGUUCAAGCUGAUCCGGCUUGGCUAUCAUGGCCGGGCCAAGAAGAUUCAGAGUGAAUUCAAGGUCCCCGAGAAAGUCGCCUGGUGGAUUCGGCUCCAAGCUCUCGUUGCCAAGCGAGACUGGAAUGAGAUUGAAGAGAUAUCCCGCCAACGGAAGAGCCCUAUCGGCUGGGAGCCUUUCUAUAACCAAACACUUCAGGCAGGCAAUCCCCGCUUAGCGGCGACCUUCAUACCUAAGUGUACGGGCCUGGAGCCUGGCCAGACAAUCACCAUGUACGAGAAGUGCGGGAUGCGGGUUAAAGCUGCUGAGGAAGCCGUGAAGAUCAAGGACGCCGAGGCUUGGAGCAGGCUCCUUGAGGCUGCAGGGAGAGGGACGACGGAGGGCAGGGAGAUUGAGAGACUCGGGCUAGCCGUGUUCAAGAAGUGAUGCCAGGGCUGUCUGGGGUGGAUGAGGGCAGCAAAGUGGCAUGGCAAUGUCAAACAUCCAUUGCCAGUUUCGAUAUCAAGUCGCCUGUUUAUAUCUAGAAUUACAGGUUACUUUGUUAGAAGCGGGUCAAACACGACUUUCUAAAGCGUU